AUGGGUCUGGUCGGAGCCGCGGGCCCAUCGGCGAUGGCCAAGCUCAAGGGGGCGAUGGCCAAGCUCUGCGCCACCCCCGGGGACCCCAAGACCGACGUGCUCGUCGUCAUCGCCUCCCGCCUCAUCAUGAACGACGGCAACGGCAUCACACCCGCGGACGUGAUCGCCGCCGCGCAGGUGCCCCCCGCGAACGAUUGGAUCGCCACGGCGUUUGACGGCAAGAAGAUCAACCCCGAUAUGGUCAAGACCGCGCUCUCGCAGGCCAAGCAGCACUUCAAGGUGACGAGCGGAUUCUACGAGAUGAUCGGCUGGCCCCUCCCCCGUCGCGUCGAGUGCGGUGUCAGCGCGGAGUUCGAUCCCGACCCGCGCCUCGGCCGCGACCUCGUGGACGACGUGGUCGCGUGGAGGGAAGAGAAACCCGCGGGCGGCCGCGGCCGGGGCAAGCACCACCUGGGGGACACGAACGACGAGCACGAAGAUCGCGUCAGCAAGAUGGGGGGCGACAAGAAGAGGCGAAAGACGGCGCCGGCCGAGUCGCGAAAGCCGGGGCCCAAGGCCAAGGCCAAGGCCAAGGCUUCGAAACCCUCCGAGCCCAAGGCGGCGGCGCGCGCACCGACGCCCCAGCCGCAGUCGGAGUCCGAGUCGGAGGAGGAAAUCCUGGACGUGGACCCGGGGAACAUCACCUCGAAGAUCAAGUUCAUCGGCGCCCCUCGGAAAGGGGGCGUCUACCGCAACAGGACGUACUACGACGGAUUCCAGACGAUCAUCAACAAGGCUGGUAAGAUCCACAGGCUCGUCUACAACACGGGCGACUGCGUGUACGCCAUGCCGGGCGACCCGAGCGAGGACAUGUACCUGGCGCAAAUCGACAGCGUCUUCGCAGACGACUCGGGGCAGUACGUGGACUGCGUGUGGCUCGAACGAGCCGGAGACGUCAAGAACAUGGUCGACGGGGGGACGUGGAAGGAGAUGAAGUGCGCGCCCAACGAGGUGUUCCUGUGCACCACCGUGAACGCCAACCCGAUCCAGUCCAUCGAGGGCAAGGCGACCAUCCUAUCUCCGGAGGAGUUCAAGGCGGCGGAUCACAAGAAGCACGAGAAGGAUGGCGAGAACGUCUUCGUGUGCCGCCGCGCGCUGGUGGUGAAGGCGAGCAAGAAGAAGGGGGCGAAGAAGGGGAACAACAUGAGCUUCCCUGAGGUGAGGAAGGUGAGCGGGAAGGGUUUCCAGGUGGUCGGCUUGGGGCCUAAGAAGCCGAAGGGAAGGCUGCGCGAUGCCUCGUUGGGGAAGCGGCGCGACGAACCGGACCCCCCGCCCAAGUCAGAUGCGCUCAAGGGCGUACCAAAGGGCGGAGGCGGCGCCGCUUACAGAGCGCAGGUGGAGCGACAGAGGCUUCGUCGGAUCGAGGCGCCCCGUCCCCGCGGCGACGCGUGGGGGGUGUACGAGUCGGCGCAUCCCCGGGGCGACGGCGCGAGCAAGCGCGUCGCUGACGUGCUGGCCAGCGCCAGGGCGUCACCGAAGAACCCGGAAGCCCCGCGUGCCAUCCUCAAGCGCGAGGGAUACACCUCAUCGGUGUUCCUGCCCCCGACCGCGCACCCCGGCGCGGACGUGGAGAGGACCGCAUCUCCGGGGAGGAGGUACCGCGUCAUGCCCGUGCUCCUCUCGCGCGUGACCAGCCCGUCGCAGGGCCCGCCCCCGGAGGACACCAGCAUCCUCUGCGACGUAUCCGCGGGCGAGAGCUCGCCGGAGCGGGCCGAGGAAGACGCGAGCAGGGACGACGACGGGGGACGGUUUCCCAACACGCCAAUCGUCGCCACCCCGAGCGGGUCGGGGCGGUUUAAUGCGGUGACCGAUGAUGACCGACCCGCGACUGGUGACGCGUCGGGUACGUCGCCGGCGUUCGCGGGGUUCAGGUCCACGUACGUGCGACCGUCGCCGUCCCCCGGCGGUGUCGCCCGGGCGCGCGCGCGGACCCCCGGCUCGGCGACCAGUCACCAGUCGGAGAGCCACACGGAGUUUUACGAGCGCGUCACCGGGCAGCCGUUCCCGAAAUCUCCAGACCCGGAGGCGCCCUCUCCGACGCCGGUAUCGACGCGAACGGCGGGAACGGUUCUGGGCGGGAACGGUUCCGGGCGGGACGGCGGCAACGGUUCGUCCGGCCCGACGCCGUCGGCGUUUCUGUUUGACGGUUCCCCCGAGGCGGUUGACCUUGGGACUCCGGAGCGGUCCGGAGCAGUCCGGAGCGUUCCAUCGGAACCGGCGGAGGACCCGACGGAGACGCCCGCGCCCGCGCCGAUGAGGAUAUCCGCGGCGAUGCCACGGGUCCACCCCGAGCCAACGCCCGAGCCGACGCCCGAGCCGAACAAACCCGGGUCCUCGCCGGCGAAGCGUCAGACGCCCGAGUUUUUACCGAGGAGGAGGCACCCGCGGUUCGAGCCCUCCAAGCUGCCGCCCCCAAUAGGGGGUACGUUGUCGCUGGUGGACAGGAUCAGGUCGGACGGGGACGAGGUGAUGGCUGCGGAGUUCAUGGAGACGGUCGCGCCGGCCUUCUCCCCCGCGACGUCCACCCGAUCGGGACCCGACCGAUCGAACGUAUCCGGAAACCGAUCGGGCGGACGUCGGGUCGCCUUCGACGUCGCGUCGUCGCCGCCGUCGCGCAUGCGAAACCUGUCGGACGCAUGUCGGAAACCCGUCGGACACAGGGACCCGACCCGGUUCACGCCGUCCCCGGCGCGGUACGGCACGGCCGCGACGAGGGCCGCAAAGGCCAGGGCGCUGUCCGAACGCUCUGCCGCCAGGCGUAAGUCGGCGCUCGCCGCGACGGUGCUCGUCGACGCCCGUCGGCUUCGUCGUCUGGAGGCCAAAUCGCCGCGGGCUCGAUACGUCGCGGCGACGCGAGGCGACGGGUUGGACGCGUCUGUGGACCCCGAGGACGACGCAGGCGGCGCGGGGACGUGUAUGGACGCAUCCUUCGACGACGACACCCAGGGUUUAGGGACGACGACAAACCUGGGUCAAAGCGACCGAAGGGUACGGGAGAUUGCCGCGGUGAUUCGCGCGCUGGACGAGAGCGCGUCGCCCAAUGCGGUGACGGACGCGGCGAGGAUGAUGGCGCAGGCGGCGGCCAAGGCUGCCCACGCCGAGGCUGAGCGGAGGGCGCUCAUGGAGGACAAGCACGCGCGCAAGGCGAUCUCGCGGAUGACGCGUCACCGACUCCGAGCGUGGCGGCAAACGGCGGCGACGGCGAGGCUGGCGAGGGCGUGCGCGUCCAAGUGGAGGGUAAAAGCGCGGCGCGGCGCUGAUCUGGACAGGAAGAAGGUGGCCGUCGCCACGAAGGCGCUCUUCGGGUGGACGCAUCGUAAGUGGCAGGCGGGGUUCACGCACUGGCGCGACUUGUGCGCGCAGAAGGCGGGCGCGAGGGUCAUGGCGGACCUGGCGUAUUCGGGUAAGCGCCGGGGGACGGCGGCGGCGGCGCUGAGGGAGUGGAGCGCCGUCGCGAUUGAAUCUUCCGCGAACCGGUGGCGCGAGACCCGGUUGAAGAGGCGGGUGGUCAAGGAGUGGAGCGAUUUGGCCGCAGCCCAGAGGCACGACGGGUACCGCGCGGUGAAGACCGCGAUGCUCGGUUGGCGAGUCGCGAUCCGCGCGAGGGAACGGCUCGAGGAGCUCGUCCGGUCGCGAAAGGCGGAGAGGGCGGAUGACGUCGCGUGCAGGAUUCUCAACUGCUGGGCGUCGCUCACGCGGAGGCGCGAGUUCUCCGAGACGGUGUUGGCGGCGAUGACGAGGCUGGUCAAGCGCGACGCGUGGAUUCGCCGCAUCGCGGACGAUCAGCGUCGCAAGCGUCUCAUCGAGCGGUGGUACGUCGUCGUCAGGGAUGAAAACCUUCGCGCGCUGGGGCACUGGGCCCGGAGACUGGCGUCGCGGCUGCUGGCGGAGUGGGCGGCGCUCGCGCUGGCGGGUCGGCGUAACAGGGAGCGCGCGUUCACCGCGAGGGCGCUUCGAGGGGUUGUGCGACACCAGCGCGCCGUGGACGUCGCGAGGGCGAACGGCCUCGGCGGGGUACCACUCACCCCGAGUCCCCUGGCUCGAGCGCGACGGAGGAGACACCGGAACGAAGGCGGCGAGAACGAAGGGACGAAACAUGAUGGGGCGUCCGAGAAGGCCGCCGCCGAGGACGUCGCCGCCGAGAACGUCACCGCCAAGGAGGACGUCGCCGCCGAGGACGUCACCGCCGAGAAGGACGUCGCCACCUCUCCCGAUGACGACGCCGAGUCGCACGCAAGGUGGGAGCGUCGCGGGGCGCGGGAGGCGCCGCCGGGGUCCAGCCGAUUGGCUCGACACUCGCAGGCGUUGUCGGACAUCACCGAUUCCAUCGCCGCCUUCGGCGCCGACGCCAACACUCCGCGCAAGAUCGCCAGGUCGGUCGGAGCCUUGGCGAUGAAAGCCGGCGGGGGGAGGCGGGUGUUGGUUCCGACGCGGGAGGUCGGGUCGGGGCGGAGGCGGGUAUCGGCGCCGGCGUCGGGGGCCGGGGCGGUGACUCACCGGGCGGUGACUCACCGGGCGGUGACUCACCGGGCGCGGGUGCGUUGGGACGUGGACGACGGUUCGGCUCGGAUCGACGACGGCGACGACGGAGACAGCGCCGACUACGAGCUGAGCUCCUCGGAGUCCGAGGCGGACGAGACGAGGCCGGAGCCGCCUGCCGCGGAUCUGAGCCCCGACGCGGCUCCCAAACCGUCCCCCGGGGCGAUCAAUCCGCUGGGAACGCCGGAGCCCAUGCCGGAAUUCGAGGAGCUGCCGAAGGAGGUGAGGGAGGCUCUGAACUCGCCUCAAGACCCGGAGGAACGUACCACCCCGAUCGCGCCCACGGCCCUGAGGGACGACGCCACCGAACUCGUCGGGUUCUACUCCCCGGAGGAGAAAGACGGGCUUGGGUCGCCCAUGGACAGGCUGGUGACGCUGGCGAGGAACACGCCUCCGAGGGACGGAGAGGGCCGGUCCUCGUCCCCCGAGUUUGAGUUCCGCGGGGAGGUUGAGAGGAUCGAUAAGGUGCUCCGCGACCUCUACAGCAACAGGCGAUGA